AUGUCAAUGUCAUUGAAAAUCAAUUUGGUGGGUACAAAUACCACCAAAACAUUCAGAUUCUCACCAGAGAUGACUGUGGCAGAGGUGUGCAGUCAGAUCCGUGAGAAAACCGGUGAGGGUGGUGAAGACCACGGACUCUUCCAGCAGGGUAUCGAUGGAAAGUCGGUAAGCCGUUGGUUGUCCAACGAAAAGUCACUUCAAUUCUACGAUAUCAACGCCGAUUCAGUGUUGGACUACAAAAAGAAGCAUCGUCCUCAGAAGAUUAAACUGCUCGACGAGACCAUCAAGACACAACUCAUUGACGAGUCCACCACAGUCAGUGAUAUCGUUGCCAACAUCGGUAAGAAGAUGGGUAUCAAGAAUCCAGAGGAAUAUUCACUUCUAAAGGAAGGUGGUGAUUGGCUCAAGAACAAUCAGAUUCUCUCGGAGCAAGGUAUUCAAGACAGCGAUAUCCUCGUACUCAAAAAGAAGUUCUUCUUCAACGAUGCCAAUAUCGAUAGAAACGAUCCAGUUCAAUUGCAUUUGCUCUAUGUUCAAUGUAGAGAUGCUAUCAUCGAAGCCAAAUACCCAACUCAACGUGAAGAAGCUGUUCAAUUGGCAGCUCUCCAAUGUCAGGUUGCAAUGAAUGAUUUCAACCCAGCCAAACAUGUCAAUGGUUAUUUAGCUUUGAAAGAAUAUUUACCAUUACAAUGGGCAAAGUCAAAGAAUGCUGAGAAAGAUAUCUAUAAGGAGUAUAGAAAAGUGGUAAAUAUGUCAGAAGUUAAUGCAAAGUACAGAUAUGUACAACUUUGUCGUUCACUUAAGACAUAUGGUAUGACUUCAUUCCCAGUAAAGAUGAAACCAAAGGAUGGAAAUAAAAAGAAAGCAGUAGAGAUGACACUCGGUAUCACUAGAGAGUCAAUGAUUUUGAUGGUCGAUGAAACCAAGGAGGUCAUCAAGUCUCAUCCUUUGAAACACAUUAGAAGAUGGGCAGCAACUGAAAAGACAUUUACUUUGGAUUUCGGUGAUCACGAUGAAGAGUAUCUUGUAUUGUUGACUGACAAACCAGAGGAGAUUUCCAAUUUGAUUGCAGGUUACAUCGAUAUCAUCUUGAAAUCCAGAAGAGACACUUCGAAAUUCUCAGACAAGGAGGAGGGUGGAAUCGCCACUGAGGAAUCGAUUGCCAUUAAACGUGGUACAGCUGCCACCACUAGCACUUUCAACUAUGCUGGUCCAGGCUCGGGUGGUGCUUACAUUGCUCCAUCACAACAGAUUCCAAUCACCGAUUUGAAGAGUGCUUUGCGUGCCACCGAUUUAUUGAUCAGCGAGUUGAACUCGAUGAAAGGUGUAGCAGGUGGUUCAGUCCCACAAAACUUCACUCGUUCAUUCACCACUCUCACACCACAACAGUACAAGCAUCAAUUGAUUUCACAUUCCAAUGCGAUCUCCACUGCUGCCAACACUUUGUUGUCAGAGAUGUCUACCCCACAACCAGGUGGAAUGUCGAUGACUCACCAAGCCAUUAUUAAACGUGCCCAAAUUAUGAUGGCUGAAAUGAGCACUGUUGGUUCAUGCGCAAAGAAUGCUGCGUACGUACCAGAGUUGGCAUCGUUCUCCGAUGAAAUUAUUGGUGUUGCCACCAAGUUGUCUGAGGCAAUGUCCAAGUUGUUGUCGAAUGCCGUGACAAUUAGUGAUCGUCCUUUGGAUGAUGCUGGUCGUGCCAUUGCUCAACAGCAUGUAUUUGCAACCAGUGCUCUUGCAACUAUGAUGAUGGCAGCUGUUGAUAAUCAAUAUGUCACAGAAUCCAGUUCACAACUCCUCGUUGAAUGUGUCAAAAGUGUAGCAUCUGCCGCCAAUCUCUUGGUUAAUCUCGGUAACGACAAAUGUUCAUUGGUAGACGAUGAUAUUCUCCACUCACAAAUCGAGAAUUCACUCACAGAGAUGUCGUUUGCAUCGGAUCAACUCCUAACUGUCACUGAGAAUAUCUCAACGACUGCAUGUCACCCAGAGACACGUAAGGUUCUCGACAAUCUAUGUGCUGCCUCCAAGUUGAAAGCAUCGUCGAUCCUCACCAGUUUCAAAUCCAGUGAUAUUCCAUCAUCUGACAUGGACGGUCUACAAGUACGUGUCCAAGAUGUAAUGGACACAUUGAACAUGGUGUCAUACGCUUUGGAUUGUGUGGAGCAACGUCCAACCAACGCAUUGGUAUCGGAAGACGGAUUGAAUCUCUCCAGUGACUUGUUGACUGAGGAAUUCUCUAAUCUCUCAAAUGAUCUCACCAAUUCGAUUUCAUUGCUUCGAAACAAUCUCAACAAUAGUCCGGAAUCUAUUCUCGAAUCUUUCAAGGUGAUUGCUUCGAAUGCCAAUCGUCUGAUUUCCUGCACCAAGGCCGUUGCAAGUCGUGCCGAUCUCCCUACUCAACAACGUCUCUUUACCUCAACAAAUGCAGUAUUCGAAUCGGUUUCACAUCUUUCCAAUACAUGUCGUAGACUUGUUGCCAACAUUGGUGAUGCCGAGUCAGCCACCGCCGUCAUUGAUGCCGCUGGACACUUGAACACUCUCACCCAAAACAUGUCUGUCGAUGCCGGUAAGCUUGCUUCUAUCGUUGCACUCCGUGAUUGUUCUAAGGAUAUGAUUUCACAUGUUGCUCACCUCGUCUCGACUGCCCGUAUUUCAAGUGACCAUCUUCCAGAUGCAUCGAGUGCCACCUUGAUAAAAGCAUCAAAAGAUGUAACAGAAGCCAUUGCCAAACUGAUGGUUGGAUUGAAGCGUGUCAACCAAUCCGAUGCCAAGUCUGAACAAGCUCAAAUGGAACUCUUGGAGCUCUCACAGAAACAAUCGAUGCCACCAAUGAAUUUAGUUUCCGCUUCCAAGCGUUUAGCACCAAAGAUUGCCGAUCCAAACCACAAACAACGUUUGAUUUACGAUUCAGAUGCUGCUUCCUCUGCUGUUCAACGUUUAAUGCGUACCUGUGAAGCAUACAAGCGUAUCUGUGGUCACGCAGAAAUUGAAGAGUCACUCGAAGCUUUUGACUCUACAAUGAGUGAGCUUGAAACUCUCGAGAUUGCUGUACAAGGUGGAUUUGUUGAUACUGUUCCAGGUCAAACUCGUGAUUCAACCACUGAAAUGUUGUUAGUUGCAGUCAAGUCAUUGAAUCAAGUCAACUCUGAGUUGGUAUCGGAUGUUCGUACUCAACCAGCUCGUCUAGGUGAACUUGUAAAGUCGGCAACUAGCGCUGCCAAUCAAGUUGCUUUCGCUGCCAAAGCAGUAGUUUCCACCACUCCAGGUAAAGUAGCUCAAAAGAAGUUGCUUGCAACUGUCAAACAAAUGACAAUCGAUAUGCAACAGUUGGUUCGUGCAAGUCGUGCCGUUGCCACCAAUCCAGGUGAUGCCAGCUCCGACUUGUUGUUGGACGGUGCUGAAUCUGACGUUUCCUCAACCAUUGCCAGUUUGGUAGCUGCCUCGACUCAUAUCGAUUGUAAGGAAUUGGAUGAAGCAUCGGUCGAUAUCAACAAUCACCAAGCUAAACUCGGACAACUUGGAACUGCCAACCCCAACGAAACAUUCCAAUCCCACUCUGAGGAGAUUCAGUCUUCAAUCAAAGCAAUCAAUGCUGCCAUUGCUCAGACUGUUUCUAUGGCACGUGCCAAGAAUAUCAAAGGUUUGGGUGCAAGUGCCAAGAUUCUUGCUAGCACUGUCAACUCUUUGGUUGCAGUUGCCAACAUGGCAUCUGUAAGUUGCCAAUCGGAACAAAUGCAAUCAGCUAUCCUCUCCAACACUGCUACUCUAUGCGCCACUGCCAUAACACUCUUGGACUACAGUAAAGCACGUGUUGCCAACGCUAAAGAUCCAAUUUACGAUCAAAACUUGGUCCAUUGUUCAAAGUCGAUUGAAGACAUCUCCAACAAGAUUCUCCGUUCGAUUGGAAGUGGAAGCAGUGGUAUUUGUGAUGAAUCGAUCGAUAUGAUUGUACAUGCCACUUCGAAAUUGGAUGAAACCAUUCAACCAGAGAUUGGAGAUGGUAUUAUUGUCAUUGGUGGUGGUCAACUUGCUAUGUCACAACAACAAUCGUUGUUGUCAUUGACCAACGCUGCCAAGACACUUGGUAAAUACACCUCAGAUAUUGUCACAUCAAGUCGUCGUGCGAACCCAGAUCACCUAGGAGAAUGUUCAAUGUCUGCUGCCAAGUCUGUUGUUGAGAUGAUUGAUUCUGCACGCUCCGUUAUCCGUGCAGCUGUAUCAUCUGCUCCACCCGAUAUCUCCAUUCCCGCAAAGACUAUUCUCGAUGCCACUGCCAUCAUGAGUGCAUCCGCCGGUCAAGAUGUUCAAGCAAUUAUUGGUGCUGCUCGUACCAUUGCUUCUUCCACCACUCAAUUGUUUAAUGUAUCAAAGGAGAAGGUGGCCAAUGAAGAAGAUGAAAUUCUCAAAGCACAACUCGUCAAGACAACUCAACAAGUCGCCACUGCAACUUCCAACCUCGCCAAAGCAGUCAAGGCUGUCACCGCAAAAGAAGCUGGUGCCAUUCAACAAUUGGAUUCAUCCAUUCGUGAGUUGGAAAGUUCAACUGUCAGCCUUUUGAUUGCUUCAAGUGAUGCCAGUGACCAUAUGAAGGAGUUCGAGCGACUUGUUGGAGUGUGUCGUUCGGCAUCCUCAACCACCGCCCAAGUCAUCCAAGCCGCUGCCAGCUCAUCCAUGAAACCAAAGGACAGUGAACUUCAAACUCGUUUGAAUGAGUCUGCUCUCAACAUGUCAAGCGCCAUUAAAGACGUGUUAAAGGUCAGCUCAUUAAUGAUGCCAGGUGUCAUGUUAUGUGAGGAAGCAAUCGAUAUGGUUCAGAAAUCGAUUGGUGAUCUCUCCACCAUGUCUUUGUCAGUUGCUGUUGGAUCCUCAUUCGAAGCUGGAUCAGCCAACGGUAUGUCACAUCUUGAAUGUCAAGAGAAUAUGGUUGAAAUUACCAAGUCCAUUGGUAAGGGAAUCAACGAUCUCUUGAAAGCAUCCCGUCAAUCGCCAGAGGCAAUUGGUCAAUCAACUCGUGCACUCGGUUUCACCGCACCACAACUUGCCAACUCAACCAAAUCCUCUUUGUCAACCACCACUGACCAAGAAGCACAAUCUCGUAUUGUUUCAGAGUCAAAGAAUCUCGGUGAUUCAAUCCUUCGUCUAUGUCAAGCAUCACUUGCAGCCAGUUCCAAUCCAUCAAAGGAAACUUAUCAAACUAUUGUCUCAAGAUGUCAUGAUGCAUCAGAGGCAAUGAAUCGUUUGGUAUCUCAAAUCUCAUCGGGUGUCAAUUUGUAUCGUGAUUUGGAUGAAUCGAUCGAUACUGUUCGUCAAUCGAUUGGUCGUCUCUCUGAAGGUGCUGCCAACAAGGAUGAUACCAAAUCCUACCAAGAUUACAAAGAAAAGAUUACCACUCUCACCAAAGAUCUUGCUAUUGCACUCAAGAGUGUCAUUGCAACCGAUCCAAACAAUUUGGUUCAAGUUUCAACUAUUGCCAAGGAUAUUGCAACCUUUACCACUCAAAUUGCAGACAAUGUUGCUUUGGUAACUCAAACCGGUGGUGAUCAAAAGGUGAUGGAUUCAAUUCUUUCCAAUGUCAAACAGGUUAUCACCUCCACUGCCCAGAUUAUCGAUAUCUCCAAACAAGCAUCACAAGGAACCAGUUCCUCAGUUGCUCACAACGAUGCCUUCAAGGUUGCAAGUGACGGUAUCACCAGAUUCCUUCAAUCGAUCAAACAAGGUGCCAUUGGUGAGAUUCAAUGCGACGCUGCUGUUGAAAGCAUCAAGAAGAUGAUCUGUGAUAUCGAUGCUUACUCAUUGUUUGCCGCUGCUGGUCAAUUAGAGUCUACCACCUCAGUUGCCAAUCGUCAACACUACCUAAGAAACCAAGUUCAAAAGGAUGUUGUCACCCAAGCCAAACUGUUGAUUGUCUCUGGAUCGCAGUUGGUCGGAUCGUCCAAAGGUACUCAAGAGAAUCUCGGUGCUGCUACAACCAAGUUUGCCGAACAAGUCACCAAACUUGUUGGAAGCUCCAAAGAGGUUGCCAGUUCACUUCGUGACACUCAAUCACAACAAGAUGUAUUGUCAGCAUCAAAGGCACUAAGUAUUUCCUGUCAACAGUUGGUACUUGCUGGUAAAGAUGCACAGAGAUUCCAAAAGGAUUCAACUGCUUUCCGUUCACUUGGAAAGGCAGCUGAGGGUGUUGCUGAAGCUGUAGGACAAUUGAUUUCUUCGGUAUACAUUGCCAUCAAUGAAGCUGGAAAGGGUAUCAAGGAGCUCGAGAAGGCAUCGGUAGUGAUCAACUCGUACAUCGACAAGCCGGACACUGUCUUGACCAACCACAAAGCCACACCAGCUACCUAUGUACAAUCGAUUCGUGAUGUAUCUAAAGCAUCGAUCGAUAUUGUCACUUCAUUCCAAGCCAGUCAAGAAGAUCUUGUCAAAUCCUCGCAACAACUGGUUUCCUCUGUUCAAGCAAUGGUUGGACAAACCAAGGGUGCAGUCCUAUUGUUUGACCAACAAGAAAAGAAUCCAGAUGCAAUCAAACUUCAAUCGCUGGUAAAAGAAGCCAAUCAAUCGAUCGUCGCUUUGAUUGGACAAGUCAAGGAGCAAGAGGAGGGUGUUUCCUCGCCAUUGGUAUCAGAGGCAAGUCGUAAACUUUCCGAGAAACUUCACAGUCUUGUACAAGCAUCGAAAUUGAUUCCAGGUGGAAAAGACUUGGUUUUGGAAGAGGAUCAACAAGAGGAUCUCGAGUUGACCGCAGAAAACGAGUUGAAUUCACUCGCCAAGACCAUUGAAGCUGCCACCCAAUCGCUGUUGGCCGCCCGUCCAAAGACCACCAAGAAAUCGGCUGGCUCUCCAAUGGAUUCGAGCGAUAUCGCUGGAAUCAUUGUUGAUGCAAGUGGCUCCAUUGCUCAGGCUGUCGCCAAACUCGUUCAAAAUGCAGCGGUUUCGCAAUCGCGUCGUCGUGAAGAACAGAAAUCACAAGGUACCUACUACAAACAAGAUCCAACCUGGUCGAACGGUUUGAUCUCCGCAGCGAAAUCGGUUGGUGGAGCAGUCCAAAUGAUGAUCCAAGCCGCUAUGAAGGCCGCUCAAGGCAAGGCCGAAGAAGAAGAGUUGAUCGCUACCGCUCGUGAGGUUGCCGCCAGUACUGCACGUCUUGUGAGUGCAUCGCGUGCCAAGAGUGGAGAUGACCAACAAUCACAAAACGCACAUCAUCAAUUGACACUGGCUGCCAAAGCAGUCACUCAAGCAAUCAGCAAACUUUUGGACGCCGCCAAGACUGCCACCGCUCUUCAAGAGGAGGAAGAAGAACAAGAAUCGGAAACCUUCAAUUUCACUGGUUCCAAGAUCAAGGAAUUAGAACAACAAAUGAAGAUCUUACGUUUGGAGAAGGAAUUAAAUUUGGAAAGAAAGAGAUUAUUAAAUUCAAGAAAGAAAGAAUAUACCAAUAAUAAAUAA